UCGCUUAAAUCGAUUCGAAACGAUUGAUCCAACAUCAUGAAUUUUUGUGUCUCGAGUUUGAAUUGUUUCUCUUCUUCCUCUUUUUCCUCUUCAUCAGAAAAUUUUUCGAAUCAUAACGAUCGAGAUUCACAAACACUUUGGAAUAUUCAUGCAUUCUCGUAUGAUGAAUUGAAAGUUGCAACCGAUGGAUUUCGACCUUCCAAUAAAAUUGGUGAAGGUGGAUUUGGUAUUGUCUAUAAGGGAAGGCUGAAAGAUGGAAGAAGAGUAGCUGUGAAAGCUUUAUCAGUAGAAUCAAAGCAAGGCAACAGGGAGUUCAUGUCCGAAAUAUCCUCCAUUUCAAACAUCACCCAUCAAAACCUUGUUAAACUCCAUGGCGGCUCCAUCGAUGGACCCUCUAAGUUUCUUGUUUAUGAUUACAUGGAGAACAACAGUCUUGCUUAUAUCUUACUCGGAGGAGAGGAAAACAGGGCAAAGCUAAGUUGGAAAGUAAGGAAAGAAAUAGCAUUAGGGAUAGGUCGCGCACUUGCCUACAUUCACGAGGAGGUGAAGCCACACAUCGUCCAUCGAGAUAUCAAGCUUAGUAACAUCCUUCUCGAUCAAAAUUUCACCCCUAAACUUUCCGAUUUCGGUCUUUCUCGUCUCUUCUUCGAUAAUGUCACUCACCUCAGUACCGGAGUCGCCGGUACAUUAGGUUAUCUUGCUCCGGAAUACGCCGUGAGCGGACAUUUGACACGGAAAUCAGAUGUUUAUAGUUUCGGAAUUCUAUUACUCGAGAUUGUGAGUGGUCGGACUGCCAUCGAUUUCGAUCUCCAAAUUGGCGAGUUCUUUCUAGUCCAGAAGGCUUGGGAGAUGUACAAAUCAAACAAGUUGGUGCAGUUGGUGGAUUCGGUGUUGGAUAAGAGUAGCUUCUCGGAACAAGAAGUUGAUCGGUUUCUCAAGGUAGGAUUGAUCUGUGUGCAGAAAAAAUGUGGGCUUCGACCGUACAUGUCGACGGCCAUUAAAAUGAUGUGCGACGAGGUCGAUAUUCAGGAUUUGCAGAUAUCCGAUCCUGGACUCAUUACCAAUAUCAUGGAUGUAAAGAUCGGAAAUCGACGUUCCCCUUCUUCAAGCUUUACCAAGAAGUUAAGCCAUCGGUUACAGCCUUCAUAAAAGAUUAUAUACUUUUAUUAGAAUACAUUGAUGUUCCUUAGC